AUGAGACCUCAAGUAGUCCGAGCCACCCGACUUGUCGGUCGACGAUUCAACUCUUCCUCUUCCUCUUCCUCCUCAUCCUCUUCUUCCCCAUUAAACAACCCUAAUGUGCAAAAAGCCGUCGAGGGGGCUCAAAAGGCUUACAACCAAACUGCCGCUACUGUCAAGAAGGUAGCUGGACCCUUGGGUGAAAGAGUCGGUUCUGCUCUUGGUGGCUACAGAGAACCACUCGUAUACAACUCGAAAGUGGUAGCAUCAGUAGCCAAGCAAGUAUGGCAAGCUGAGAAACUAUCUCCACCCCUCGAUACUGCCGUUUGGGCCAGAGCCUACUCCCAAAUCUGGUCGAGAGCUUCGAAUUUAGGUUACUGGAGGGAUUUGUUGAAAACUGGUGCAUGGGCUGGAUUGGGUGUUGCUGCUCUUGAGGCUUACGGUAUCUUCAAAAUCGGUGAGAUUGUCGGACGAAGAAAUCUCGUAGGAUACAAGGUCAAGGAGUAG